AUGUCCCUCCGCCUAACCAUAGGGGGUUUCGGCCUUCUACCCGGCGGCCUCCCCAGAACGCACGGGCUCUCGGGGUCUCCAAGCCACGGGGGGCACAGAGAUAAGUUCAGGCCGCUGACGGGGUGGCAUUAUCAGUUUCGGGUGCUUCCCUUUGGGCUGUCCCUGUCCCCCAUGGUCUUUUCCCGGGUUGUCGCGGCAGCCUUGGCCCCUCUUCAGGCGGGGGGGUUGAGGAUCCUGCCUUAUCUGGACGACUGGCUCGUGUGCGCCCCCAGUCGUGCCCGAUUUCAGCGGGGUUGGGCGUUGCCGUUCCUGCUGUAUCUCAGCCUCUUUGGGAAGUUGAUGGCGGCCUCUGCUUGCGUUUGGAUCCAUCACACUUUGUUCACAGGCGCCGCAGACUAUUCUGUUGGCGGGACAGGUCUUGGAUCAAGAGAGGUGUCCCACUGA